AUGGAGACUCACAAGGUGGUCGCCCCGGCUGCUGAUGUUCAUCAGGAAAAAGCAAAGCCAGAUAUCAGCCAUGUGGAAAAACUACGCGAGCAGCAGGUGAUGCCAGAGUUCGAUCCUGAAAUCGACCGACGAGUCACUCGCAAGUUCGAUCUCCAUAUCAUGCCAUGGCUCUUUGGGAUCUGGCUCCUCGCGUUCAUCGACCGGAGCAAUAUUGGCAAUGCAGCAAUUGACGGUCUCAAGACCGAUCUAGAUAUCGCCACGGGCACGAAAUUCAACAUUUCCCUUCUCGUCUUCUACAUCCCCUAUAUCCUGGUUGACAUUCCGAGCAACUGGAUUGUCAAGCGUAUCCGAGCGGGCUUCUACCUGCCCGCGCUCAUCACCGCAUGGGGCAUUGUGAGCACCUGCAUCGGCUUUACCAGGUCGUUUGCUGGGCUUGUGGUCACCCGGAUGCUCCUAGGCUUGUUCGAGGGUGGCUUGCUCGGUGCCAUCGUGAUCUACCUGGCCAUGUUCUACCGCCGCCACCAGAUGAUGUACCGUAUCGGCCUGUUCUAUUGCGCGGCUCCGCUGUCCGGCGCCUUUGGCGGCUUUCUGGCGACGGGGCUGGCCAAGAUCCGAUACCAUGGGUAUAACCGGUGGCCGUGGAUCUUCUUCAUCGAAGGAGUCAUCACCGUUGUCUUCGGGGUGAUCUGUUUUUUCAUGAUGCCGCAUACACCCGCACAGGCCAAGUUUCUCACCGGGGAGGAACGCGCCGUGGCGAUGCAGCGUAUGGUGAUCGACUCGCACGGUGCUACCACGGUCGAGGACGUGAACGAGGAGAAGUUUCAAUGGCACUGGGUGAAAAUGGCUUUGCUAGCGCCACAAACCAUUUUCUGUUCGUUGGCUUGGUUCUUUCUCCUGGUCCCAUUAUACAGUUAUUCCUUGUUCUUGCCCACCAUCAUCACAGGAAUGGGCUUUGAAACAACGACCGCCCAGCUAUUCACUGUUCCCCCGUACAUCCUCUCGUUCAUUCUAGUACUGGUGACAUCGUACUCUUCAGACCGAAUCAAAGCUCGCGGCCCGAUCAUGGUGGCUGGCUGCAUCGUCGCUAUUGCCGGGUAUAUCAUGUUGCUUGUCGCAAAGGAGAACUCGGUGAGUUACGCUGGAACGUUCCUCGUUGCUGCGGGCGUGUUCCCAUCUUCUCCAAUCGUGAUGGGCUGGCUAUCAAACAACCUCGCUCCGCACUACGUUCGAGCAACGGGUAUUGGGUUCGAAAUCGCCUUUGCGAAUUGCGCCGCUUUCAUCGCCUCCUUCAUCUACCUUUCCAAAGACGCACCGCGAUAUUUCCUCGGCCAUUCACUCAGUCUGGCAGCCUUGGUUCUUUGUCUUAUCACCGUCUGCACUCAGAUGAUAUAUUGCCGGUGGGAAAAUAGGAAGCGGGAGCGCGGGGACCGAGAUGACAGGCUGCAGUAUGACGCAGAGCAUCUUUUGGGGCACAGACACCCUGCUUUCCGGUACACCCUCUAG